AUGGGGCAGGUAAUUUCCGCUGUGCCAGGGUGCCAGAAGAGGAAGGCCCACAUUGAAAUGGACAUGUCAAAGAUGCUGGGUGCACAAGACUGGAUCAAGUGGUUUAUUGGCAUCAGCGAGAGGGAGCUUAUCAGUGAGCGCAGAGAGGCAGUCUUCGACGGCAGCAGCUUUGUGAAUCUAUCAACAGGACAGAAGUGGCAAGCGGGCAAAUUCGAACGUAAGACCAUUCAGGAACUGCAGGAGGAUACUGGCAAGAUGAAGGUCGAAGGCGAAAUGGUUGAGAGGGUGCCCUUGCUCCGCGUGAUUGAUGGGUGCGAUAUUGGAGAUCUUCAAGCAAAGCUGAAAACCGAGCAUCGCGCCAUGGUGCAAAUCGCGUCGAACUUCAACUGUUUAGAGAAUCCUUCAAGAGGAUGCCUUCCUGAUUAUGGGUCAUUGGUCGAGAAGUACUGUGUUGAUUCCACACAGGGGCCUGCGGCCUCCUUUGGUGUGCCAGCUGCCAGCCUGCUGCGCGCACACUACGCCUUUUUCGACAGCAGCAAGCCAGCUUCAAGCUGGGGCCAGACGAAAGACCAACAGGUGGACCUGCUUCGUCGAGUGCAGCACUACUUUGGUACCUGCGUCAAUGGGAAAGCCACCCUGACUGGAGCUGAAGAACAACUACCAGAUGAGAAGAUUGAUGAAGUCUUUGAGCAGAUAGAAGUUGGCAUCCAUUCUGAUGCAGAGGUCAUUUUUGGACGAGGACCUAGCUGGGACAGAGCAGUGAACAUCUUGGAUGAGAAGCCCUUGGUCGACCAGGUUCUAUCGGCUUCAGUCAAUUGGAACAGCCCGUGCCUCUCGCGUGCAGAGGUGGUGGAUGAAACGAAGCUGUUGCCGCUCACGCGAGCAGCUCUCCGCGCAGCAUAUCGAGGGGCGUACCUUGCAGCCAUCGCUCGCGGACGACACUUGCUGUUACUCACGCUGAUUGGGGGCGGCGUUUUCAGCAAUCCACACGACAUGAUCCUCGAGGAACUGGCCCUUGCACAUGCGCGCUAUGCCCAGCAUCACGCCAGUGAAUUGCGUGAAGUUCGCCUUUGCUUAUACCCUAAGGGGACUGCUGCACCAAUUGAAAAGAAACUCAAGCAGCUGUUGGCUGACUUGGGCUACGCUCCGGCAUGA